UGGUUGUCGCGGUGAUGCUGGUGGCUGAAAAUGGGAGGAUGUGCUCGGCAUUUGACUUCGGUGAGGCAAAAGACGCCGUGCUAGACAAGGCUGAAGAGGCCAAGGAUUGGGCUUACAAUAAAAUCUCCGGAUCCGGGAAAUUGAGUGUUAACCCGCAAAACAUGAAACAUGCUGCUGAAGAUAUGAUGCGUGAUGCUCCUGGUACCGAGAAAUUUGCUUCAGGGAAAUUACACGCAGUUUCACACUCAGUGAAAGAUGGUAACGAAAGGUUUUAUGCAGAGGCAAAGCGCGACGCCGGGCCAGCCUACGAUUCCUUGGCUACGAAAACCGUCAGGGAAGAUUAAUUUCAUUCAUAUAAGAGAUAACCAGCCUUAUAAGCCUCAGAUAAAUUUGGGCAAGGUUGCUUGCUUCUAAGAUGCAUUCAACGGUCUUAAAUUAAUUUGUUGAAUGAUCAGUUUUCCUCCUACUUUAAUUUAGGAUAAAACUAUAUAUGUACAUGUAUAGUUUUCAUGAAACGAUAAUAAAUGGUGAAAUAUUUCUAAAACUUUUGUUAUAAGUGUAAUUUAUUAGUGAGUUAGAGUUAAUUAGUAGGUAUAUGUAUAAUAACCUUAUAAUCUUGUGUGCUAAUUGAUGCCGGAGAUUAUUUUUUGGGUGUAGAAUGUACUCCAAAUAGAGAAGGUUUAAAUGAAAAUAUAUUUACAUAAUUUUUUAAAGAGUAUUUGCAUAAGUUUGACCACGUAUUAUUUCUGCAUAUUAUGGUGAUGAAAUUGUUACAAUAAUUACAAAAGAAUUUUAUGGAAACUACAUACGAUGACCAUCGUGAAAUGCAAGAGUAUUGAUCAACUAUGCAAAAUUGUAACUAAUAAGCUAAGGCAUUAUCAUUUAUUCAUUUUAUCCAAAUUCUCUCAAAAUAAAUAACAAGAUAAUUUCCAACUUAAGCAAGUUUAAUUUUUGGUUCCAAUUGCCCUACAUCUUAAUAUUCAAAAAUUCAAAAUAUUUUAAAAAAAUAAAAUAAAAUAUCCCCAUAUCCAGCUCAGAACGAAUCAUCAAACCAAACAAUUAAAAUAUAUGUUGUACAUGUUAGUGUAUUACUAUAUGUUGGAACUUGCUUUUCAAACAUUAAAUUAGCCACAAUUCUAACUUCUAAGUCUUAGAUAAUGGUAAAGCCUAAGGUUAAUAUUGGACAUGGACUAAACACAAUAUGAUACAUUUAUUGUCAACACAUACAUACGAGUUAUUAUAGAAUUAUCAUCUCCAAUUUAUUUAAACAUAACACAUAAGUAAUCCUAAGAAAAUCCCAAUCUUUGAAUUAAAUUAAUGUAAUACGUUUCAUAAUAUACUUUUUUUUUCCUAAUAAUUGCCGCUUUUAUUAUUUCUUAACAAGCAUAUAGUAGUAGUCGAUUUGUAGUCAUACUAGUCAAUUAUAAGGUUCUAAUUAAUAGCAGGAUGUAACAACGUGGCAAUCGGAUAAAACCUUUACCAGAAUGUGGCAACUAUAGAAGAUGACACGUAAGAAUAUAUGUAAUAGCCCUUUAACAGAUGCAAUUCUCACCUAUGUUUCCAAACGUACACAAUAACACAACCCAAAACCUUUAAUUGAACUGUAUCAUCAAUUAAUUUCACAAAGUUAUUAUUGUUGUUCGUUAUUAUCAAAAUAGUUUGAAAAGCCAAUUAUCAUUUCUAAACAUAUAGAAAGAGUGGAUGUAAUGGUGUGUAGAAUAGCAGCAAUGAUGGUGUGGGUGGUGGCUGUGACGGUGGAGGCGGCGGCGAUAGUGGUUGCAGAAAAUGGUACGAUCAUGUGUUCGCCGUUCAAUACUAUGGAAGAGUCUGCUCACCCUUGGACUGACGAUUGUUACGGUGACAGAGAAUGGAUGGGCAAGCAAGACUUAAAAGAAGGCGUACAAAAUUUGAGGGACAAAGCCAAACAAUCUGCAUUGGAUGGAAAGAAGUAUGCAUCUGAGAAGGCAGAUGUAAUUUCAAACUCCUCAUCAUUCACAAAAGACGGCCUAGAAGAGGUAUAUAAUGAAGCAAAGCAUAAAGUUGAGGAAGCAUAUGAGUCGAUGACUAAGUCUGGUCUUAGUGAAGAAGCCAAGGCCAAGUAUGUGGCCGCAAAAGAGAGGGCCUCAGAUGUUGCAGGUGAGGUUGGCGCUAAAUGCGCCAGUGAAUGAAUCCGUCUUUGUCAUAGAUAUAUAACAAUGAGGGAUGAUAGACAAAUCUCCGAGCAUGGUUGUUUGGUUAUCUAGUCAUUUCCAACAAUUAAGGGUGUUUUUGAGUUUCUUGAAAUAGUUAAGGUAUUUUGGAACGAAAAAAGGUUGAGAGUCUAAGCACAUAAGUUUGUUUGCCCUCCCUCAUAACAACAUUAAAGUUAUCUUCUAGUAUAAACUCAUAAAUUUUGUACACUUUUGCUGAUCACUAAUUCAUUGUUAGUGUUUUUAUUGAUUAACUUAUCUUUCUUUUUUUCCUAGCUAGAUGAGGAGAGCAUUAUUUUUGUGUCAAAACCUUACCUUGAAGUGUGAAACCAUCAAAAUCUUUUUUAAUUUUAUCCUAAUUUCUUUGAUGAGACUUUCUGCCUAAAGCAGGUAAUUUAAGAGGGAAAUAGGUUUAAUUUUCAUUAAACACCCUUAAUUGAAGAAAGGUCUUAAAUGUCAAAAGGUCGGCACCCACCCUAUGGGAGGGACAGAGAAAUCAAAUAGAGUACAAUACCCAGACCACUAUUUUACCCACCUUAUAAACUUGUACAAUAGGAAAUCAUCCUCCACUUGAAAGGGCAUGGAGCCAUGGACUCAUGGGUUCGAUUCUUGUCUAAGGAGGUUUUCUAUAGGUCGUGAGUGCAUUCAAGGGUCAUUUAACUGUAUAAAAGGUCGGAGUAUUAAUUAGAUUUCAUACAUGAAUAAAAUAGUAGAGCAAUUACUGCAUCAUUAAGCCUUUUAUAUUCCUUACUAUAUAGAAUACUAUUGAAAUUUCGUCGAGAAACUCUAAAUUUCUACCAAAAAUUGCAUUUCAUAGGCUUAAAGCCCUAAUAAACUCAAAUUAAAGAUACUCUUAAGUAUUUUCAAAAUCUCCAAAAUACCCUCUACAAGACCUUUGGAUUCCAAAAAUUCCUUUCAGGAUAUGCAUUUUUAGUAUUGUACGGCUAUAAAUUUGACAGCCCUCUCAUGAUC